AUGGCUGGUGAACCAGGCGAGGCGAUGGCCCAUAGCGCCUUCGACACCAUUCUGGUGCUCGAUUUCGGCUCCCAAUACACUCACCUGAUCACCCGCCGUCUCCGUGAACUCAAUGUCUUCUCGGAGAUGUUGCCGUGCACCCAAAAGCUCUCGGAGCUCAAGUUCACGCCCAAGGGCAUUAUUCUCUCUGGUGGUCCUUAUUCGGUUUACGAAGAGGGCAGCCCUCAUGUUGACCCCGCCGUCUUUGACUUGAACGUGCCCAUUCUGGGCAUCUGCUAUGGCAUGCAGGAGCUUGCCUACCGUCUCAACCAGGACAACGUCAUUGCUGGCACCCACCGCGAAUAUGGCCAUGCCAUGCUCAAGGCUCGGUCCAUCGACAACCACGUUGACCGCCUCUUCCAAGGCCUCGAAGACUCCAUGCGUGUCUGGAUGAGCCACGGCGACAAGCUCGCCAAGCUUCCCGAGGGCUUUCACACCAUUGCAACAUCCGACAACUCGGAAUAUGCCGCCAUCGGACACGAGAACAAGCCGAUCUACGGCCUGCAGUUCCAUCCGGAAGUCACGCACACCCAAAAUGGAACCGAGCUUUUAAAAAAUUUUGCUGUCGGUAUCUGCAGCUGCAAGCAAGAGUGGACCAUGCAAAAGUUUCUGGAAGAAGCGGUUGCCCAGAUUCGCCACACUGUCGGUGAAAAGGGGCAGGUUUUGGCUGCAGUGAGUGGUGGCGUCGAUUCAACAGUGGCUGCAAAGCUCAUGAAAGAAGCGAUUGGCUCCAGGUUUUGGGCCGUGUUGGUCAAUAACGGCGUUAUGCGCCUCAACGAAUGCGAGCAGGUCCAAAGGGACUUGUCGGAGGCGCUUGGCAUCAACCUCACGGUUGUUGAUGCUUCGGAACGUUUCCUUGAUGGCCUGAAGGGCAUUGAUGAUCCGGAGAAAAAACGCAAGUUCAUUGGUGGCAAGUUCAUCGAUAUUUUCGAGGAGGAGGCAAUCAAGAUCGAAGAGGCGGCCGUCAACGACACGUCCAAGACUGGCAAGAUCGAGUUCUUCAUGCAAGGCACACUCUAUCCUGAUGUGAUCGAGUCGCUUUCGUUCAAGGGUCCAUCGGCCACUAUCAAGACUCACCACAACGUUGGUGGUCUCCCCGCGCGGAUGGCCAAUGGACAGGGUCUGAAGCUUAUUGAACCUCUUCGAUCCCUGUAUAAGGAUGAAGUCCGCGCGCUUGGACGUGCCCUGGGGAUCCGCGAGGAGCUGGUGAUGAGACAUCCUUUCCCUGGCCCUGGUAUUGCCGUCCGAAUUCUUGGAGAGGUCACUCCCGAGAAGGUGGAAAUUGCCCGCCAGGCUGACCACAUCUUCAUCACUGAGAUCCGCAAGGCGGGGAUUUAUGAUGAAAUUUCCCAAGCCUAUGCCGCUGUCGACCCCAGCCGCGCCGUUGGUGUGAUGGGUGAUAGGAGAGUCUACGGUUAUAUCGUGGUGCUCCGCGCUGUAACCACCACAGAUUUCAUGACGGCUGAGGCGUACAACUUCCCGUGGGAUUUCCUUCAGCGCGUCAUGAACAGGAUCGUUAACGAGGUCCAUGGGGUGUGUCGGGUUGUGUACGACAUUACUUCGAAACCGCCCGGAACGAUCGAGCUCGAGUAA